UUUUAACAAAGAAGAAAGCAAAAAAGAAAACCAGUUUAAAUCAGAUCUAAGACUAUAAAACAAGAACGACGAUAAAUUUUUUGGUACCAAACGGGCUCCAGUUCCAUCUCUUCCGUCAGUUGAAUUCUUGUUUGUUCUUCCAAUUCGUAGACUCGCAGAGAAGAGGAAGAAGAGAUGGCUGCGAUGGCGAGGGCGAGCUCCGGGCUGCAAUAUCCCGACCGGUUCUAUGCCGCAGCCUCUUAUGCUGGUUUUGAUGGAUCGCCGAAGUCGUCUUCCAAGGCCGUGAGGUCCAAGUUCUCCGAUGAGGCCGCCCUGCUGCUGUAUGGCUUGUAUCAGCAGGCUACAGUAGGGCGCUGUAAUGUACCUGAACCCAGUAGUUGGCAUGCAAUUGAGAAAAGCAAAUGGAAGAGCUGGAAUGGGCUUGGGAACAUGCCUCCUGUCGAAGCUAUGCGCCUUUUUGUGAAAAUAUUAGAGGAAGAAGAGCCAGGUUGGUAUUCAAGAGUAUCGAACUUUGUCUCAGAGCCAGAGCCAGAGCCACAACCAGUUUUAGACGUGCAAAUUAAUCAUGAUUCAAAACCUGAGCCGAUCAUUGAGAAUGGGAAUUCAGUUCCUGAGACCAAGACUAUAUCAACAGAAAAUGGAAACCUGCUUGAAACUCAAGAUAAGGAUGUUCUUGUGGAAGGUUUUGGCUUAAUUGUUGUCUACGAUCAGUGGAUUUCACCCCCAGUAUCUGGUCUGCGCCCAAAAGCACGAUAUGAGCACGGAGCAGCAGUUAUUCAGGACAAGAUGUAUAUUUUUGGAGGAAACCACAAUGGUCGUUAUCUUAGUGAUCUCCAUGUUUUGGAUCUGAGAAGCUGGGGUUGGACAAAAGUUGAGGCGAAGACCCAGUCUCCUGAAUCACCUCCUGAAAAGCUAACCCCCUGUGCUGGUCAUUCAUUGAUAACAUGGGAGAACAAGCUUCUGUCAAUAGCUGGUCAUACAAAGGAUCCUUCUGAAGCUAUUCAGGUUAGAGUCUUUGAUGUACAAAGCUCCACUUGGUCUACCUUGAAGACUUACGGGAAACCACCGGUUUCCCGAGGUGGUCAGUCAGUGACUCUUGUUGGGACAAGCUUGGUGAUAUUUGGUGGGCAAGAUGCAAAAAGAACUCUUCUGAAUGACUUGCACAUUCUUGAUCUGGAAACUAUGACCUGGGAUGAAAUUGAUGCAGUUGGGGCUCCUCCCUCUCCAAGGUCUGAUCAUGCUGCUGCAGUACAUGCUGAGCGUUAUCUUCUCAUAUUUGGUGGGGGUUCACAUGCUACUUGCUUCAAUGAUCUGCAUGUCCUUGAUCUGCAAGCUAUGGAAUGGUCAAGACCUACUCAGCAAGGCGAGAUACCAACUCCACGAGCUGGACAUGCAGGUGUUACAGUUGGAGAGAAUUGGUUCAUUGUUGGUGGUGGUGACAACAAGAGUGGGGUCUCGGAAACUGUUGUGCUGAAUAUGUCAACACUUGUUUGGUCUGUGGUAACAUCUGUUCAAGGGCGUGUUCCCAUCGCUAGCGAGGGCCUUAGUUUGGUUGUAAGCUCCUGUGGGGGUGAAGAUAUUAUCGUGUCAUUUGGAGGAUACAAUGGACGUUAUACCAAUGAGGUUAAUGUUCUUAAACCAAGCCACAAAUCAACCUUGCAAUCGAAGAUGAUCGAGACUCCGGUACCUGACAGUGUAUCAGCUGUGCAUAAUAUAACAAAUCCCACCAGGGAUGUGGAAUCUGAGUUUGAAGGAGCGCAAGAAGGAAAGAUUAGGGAAAUUGUCAUGGACAACAUAGAGUCAGAGCAUUUGAAGAAUAAAAGCGAGCAAACGAAAGAACAUCUUGUAGCAACAUUGAAGGCAGAGAAGGAAGAACUGGAAUCAUCUCUCAGCAAGGAGAAGAUACACUCUUUACAACUAAAGCAAGAGUUAGCUGAUGCCGAGAACCGAAGUACUGAGCUGUACAAGGAGCUGCAAUCUGUACGUUCGCAACUUGCGGCUGAGCAGUCGAGAUGUUUCAAACUUGAGGUCGAUGUUGCGGAGUUACGACAGAAACUCCAAACGAUGGACACGUUACAGAAGGAACUCGACCUUCUACAGCGACAAAAGGCGGCAUCUGAGGAGGCCUUGAAGGAAAAACAGAAGCAGAACUCAGGUGGUGUGUGGGGAUGGUUGGCUGGUUCCCCUCCAGAAGAUGCCUAAUUUCUCAACCCUUUCAUUUGGUUAGUUACCAUUAGCUUACAAUUGUUACAUUUUUCCUUCAAUUUUAUUUGGUCCCCUCCCCCCAUCACAUAGUAAUUUUUCUGCAACUGAUAAUAAAACUGUCAGUUUUUUUUUUUUUUUUGUUCUUCCAUUAGGGAACCCAAAUGAAUGUGUUAUAACUUCUGAGAUCUCAGUGCUGUGUAUUUCUUUUAUUGCCAAAUUUUCAAAGGUUUUGUAUUAGAAGUGAAUAUGAUAUAUAGCUAUAAUGAUAAUGAAAUCAUACACACAUUUUCAUUGUUUA